GGUGGAUCCUGGCUUACCUCCACUCCCCUGGUCCUGGACAGCAGUUCUCAUCUGACUGCACUGUCAGGGGACUGAUGAGGCCGCACCGCCAGCCAACAGCAUCACCAUGUUCCUGAAGCUGCUCAGCUUCACUGCUCUCCUGCUGCUGGUCUUGGUCCAGAACCUGCAGGGGUCGGCUCUCACGGCCGCGUCCUCCUAUGAGUUCACAGCCUACAGGAUGCAGCAGUUCAACAUGGCUCAGCGAAAGCAUGGUUGUCGAGGAGCCAUUGUAGUGGCAGAGGCUCGCUCCUCCGACGAGCCGGUGCUGACCCGUCGAUGUGUGGUCAUGAAGGUGUCAGACUUCAGCACAGAGAAGUACCUCCAGGCCCAGAGACAAAACGCUGCAGCCAUUCUGAUCCUGCUGCCAAAGAACACGUCUGGAAUCCCUCCAGAAACCACCCAGUCCUUCAUGAUCAGUGAGAGGGACGCCUUGCUGAUGGAGUCUCCCAUCCCCGUCUACGUGGCACUGGAAGAUGAGCAGCUCCUCUACAUGUACGACGAGGUCAAGCAGACGGCCUCCAUCAGAACCUCGUCCAUAUUCAUCCGAGUCCUUCGCAGUAUGAUCACAGCGACAGCCUUCCAGAUCUUGGUGAGCAACAAUGCACCGAUCAAAGCCGUCAGUGACACCACCUUCGUCACGCUGGAGGGCGUCCUACCUGGAGCAGGCGACGACGUGCCCACCAUCGUGAUCACGGCUCACUACGACUCGUACGGACUGGCCCCGUGGCUGUCUUACGGCGCCGACUCCAACGGCAGUGGGGUCGUCAUCUUGUUGGAGCUGGUGCGACUCUUCCAGAAACUCUACAGCAGCUCCAGCACCAGACCCCCGUUUCACCUCCUGUUUUCCCUCACUGGAGGAGGGAAGCACAACUUCCUUGGCACGAAGAGGUGGAUCGAGGAGAAUCUCGACCACGCCGAGUCCAGCUUGCUCCACGACAACGUGGCCUUCGUUUUGUGCUUGGACACUCUGGCCAAUGGGGAUGAGUUGCACGUCCACGUGUCCCGUCCGCCCAAAGCGGACACCCCGCUUUACUCCUUCGUCCAGCAGCUGCAGGAGGUGGUCUCCUCCAGGUUCUCCUGGGUGAAAACCGGGUUGGUCCAUAAGAAAAUCAAUCUGGUGGAGUCCACAGUGGCCUGGGAACAUGAGCGUUACAGCCUGCGCAGGAUCCCUGGCUUCACGCUGUCUCACCUGGAGGACCCCAAGUCUGAGCUGCGGGGCUCCAUACUGGACGACUUGUCUCAAGUGGACUUGAGGAAGCUGAAGCGUAACGGCAUCAUCAUCGCAGAAACGCUGGCUCGGUUCAUGUUCAAUCUCUCAGACAAGGGCUCUCCCAAAGAUCUGCAGCUUUUCAAAGGCCAAAUGGACUUCCAUGACAGCCGAGUGUCCAGCCUGAUGUCCACCCUGACCUCUCUCCCUCGGGCCACUCAGCUGCUGGACAAGGAGCCGGGUCAGGUGACGCUGGUCAACACGCUGGAGCAGGAGUUCCGGCAUUACCUGCAGCAGGUCCACAGACACACCUUCAGACAGGACAAGAGAGACCCGGACAUCACCUUCUUCGACCAGAUGAACCAGCCCAUCGUGAUGUACAGGGUGAAGCCAGCAGCCUUCGACCUCUUCCUCGGUGGUUGCAUCGCAGCGUAUCUGGGGAUCGUUUACUACGCCAUUGAGAACUUUGGUUUCGUGUACACAAAAGUCAAAGCUGCAGUGAAGACAAAAGCCUGUAAAUGAGACGGCGGGACUCGUGUUUCUCCACCAGGCGGUUAUUGAGAAGAACAAACAUGUAGUGGACCGGAACUGUCUUCUGUCACUCUCGUUGAUUCCGAUCUUCAGUUUCUGCUCCUAGGUUUGAUGUCAGUCUCUCUUUCAAAAAGAAGGCGUCGGGGGUUCCAGUAUUUGGGGUCGUGUUCAUGAGUGAGGGAAAGAUGCGGGUGAACAGAGGCUCAGUCAUCAGUCAUGAGGACUCUGUAGAGGUGAAGAAAGAGCAGAGCCAGAGGUUGAAGCUCUCCACUGACUGGUGGCUCUCACCUGUGGUCACCAGCUUCAACGUGACCCAAACAUCUUGUCGGGGCGACUCCUAAUGGGUGGAAUACAGGGACACACCCCGGAGAGGGGAUAUUAUAUAUCAUAACUUAAGUCACAAAUGUAACUUUAGAAUUACUGGAACAAGGGUUGUGGAGGUGGCACCGGCUCCCUCCUCCUCCUCAGCAUUCCAUCAUCUGUAGAUUUUGAUUUUUCUGUCAGACUGGAGUCCAGCAGCCAGAGUUCCUGUCACUGACAAGUCUGUGAAGCCGUGGAGACUCGGCGGUCCCCCGCGGAGACCUGAAUUAUUGAUACCCAUGUCACACGUGGACUGUGGUGACCUCGGAGCGGGAGAGCUGGCAGUUCUCCUGACGGGCCAUGUCAGGAACUUCGACUGGGGCUGAGAAUCAGCAUAUACACGAUCACACGAGACGCCUCAUGAUGAUGCCGCGCUCCUGUGUUUGGAAAGUGACAUGCCACUUAUCUGCCAGGUUCAGGCUCCACAUGUCUUGUUGACAGCAAUUCGUACGGUAGAGCAUUAUUGAAUGGAAUGUAAAGUUCUUUUUAUACCAUCACAUUUUUAACAAUAUUGUUCCUUUACUUUUAGUCUAGUUAGUUUUUGCGUUUGAAAAUGAUUAUUAUUAUUACUACUAUUAUUAUAUUUUAAAUCUUUUAUACGGUUGACAGUGUCUACUGUUGAGCUUUGUUUUUGAUCUCAUUUUAUUACACAUUUUGCUGUUUUUUUCAAAUAGAAAUUAGUUUUCUUUAAUACAAUACACUUGUAUAAUUAUUCAUUUUAUUUAUUUGUUAUUAUUAUUCACUUUCUUUCCUUAGUUUUUUUUAUGUAGUUGUUUGUUUCAAUAUUAAA